AAUGUUGCAUGUUAACCGUAGCUUCUAAUGAGGAAGUAAAGGGAUUCUUUAGAAUCCCAGGCUCAGCACCACAUGUGUCCCUUGCAAAAACCCCCGACAUGACAUGGGCUGAAUUGGGCCCAUGGGCAGUGAAAGGGGGGGGAGCAUGUGAUUGGAUACCAGACCCGCAUGGUCCUGAGGGACAAUAUUUCUCACCCGCAACGGGUCUGAGACACAGAGCGUGGGGUGGAACUUUCGAAACCCAACGCUCAGUACAAAAAAUGCGAGGUGCUACGGGGGAGUCGCCAGUGUACUUGCUCCCACAAAUGACGGUGGAUGACCCACGAUUGGCUGAGGUCCCACCCACCCUGUGGGCUAAAAGCAAGUACGAUGUGGGCUGCAUACGAAAUGUGGAGCCCCUAAUGGUGACUCCCAAAUCAACAUACAGACCAAAGCAACCACAAUACAGGCUGCGCCAAGAGGCGAUUGAUGGUAUAACACCUGUUUUCAACUCACUGUUGGAAGCCGGUGUUAUAAUCCCGUGUCCGUAUUCACCAUGCUGUACCCCAAUAUUCCCAGUAAAGAAGGCCCCAGUUGAAGGGCAACCUACCACGUGGCGGUUUGUGCAAGAUUUAAAGAAGGGUUGCCGGACCACAAGCGCCCCUUCACACAGACUGUGGGGGAGCGAAAUGGAUACAUGACAUCGGUUCUGUUGCAGGAGCAUGGGGGCAAGAUGCGCCCCAUCGCCUAUUACUCAUCUAAAUUAGAUCCGGUGGCAGCAGGUCUACCACACUGUUUGAAGGCAGUGGCAGCAGCGGCAAUGGUGGUUGCCGCCAGUAGGGGGCUGGUGGGUUACAUGCCAUUAACUUUGCUUGUACCCCAUGAGGUUUCAUCUAUUUUGUUAACCCAAAGUACAUCGCAUCUAACAGCAUCACGAUUCUUGUCAUACUACAACGUGUUGCUUGCAAUGCCUAACAUUACUUUGAAAAGAUGUACUGUAUUAAACCCAGCCACCUUGCUGCCCACUCCUGAAGAUGGGGAACCCCACGAUUGUGUGGCCACCAUUAACGAGGUGUGCACACCACGGGUGGACCUGUCAGACACCCCACUCCCAGCGGGGAAUGAAGUUCUGUAUGUCGAUGGUUCUAGCCGUAAGAAUGUGAUCACAGGUGUUAGUGAAGUGGGCUACGCCAUUGCCACGCAGGACUGCGUGGUGGAAUCAGCAAGGUUACCAUCUAAUCUUUCAGCCCAGGCGGCUGAGCUGUUCGCCCUGACCAGAGCGUGUAUACUUUCAGAGGGUAAACGGGUUACCAUUUACACUGAUAGUAGGUAUGCUUUUGGUGUUGUUCAUGAUUUUGGCACACUAUGGAAAAUGCGUGGCUUCCUCACAUCCACGGGCCAACGAAUUAACCAUUCACAAUUGGUUGCUAAUCUACUGGAUGCUAUCCUCUUACCCACUGCCAUCUCUGUUUGUCGAUGUGAAGCACACACAAGGGCUAAGGACUUGAUAUCCAGAGGAAACGCUCUGGCGGACGAGGGUGCUAAGGCGGCUGCCAAAGCCCCGCUUGCCUCCACCUUGCAGAUGACACAACUGACGCCCACAGUUACGAUCGAAGAACUGGCGAAGGCUCAAACCAGGGCCUUACCCGCAGAGCGUCAGUUGUGGAAAUCAGCUGGUGCAACAUACCGCAUGGGGUUGUGGUACGGCCCUAAUGGGCGCCCAUGCUUACCUAAAUAUUUGUUCCCUAUCUACGCUAAUAUGACACAUGGUAGAGACCACGUGUCAAAGGGGGGAAUGGUAGAUAGCAUUGACCAGCACUGGUAUACACAAGGAUUUUCAAACUAUGCACAAAGUUUUUGUGCAAAAUGUAUUGUGUGUGUCACCAACAACAUAGGAAGAGGAAAGAAAGUAGCACCCACUAGCCACCCACAACCAUCACUACCAUUUGAUCAUCUGAUGAUGGAUUUUAUAGAGUUAACACCAUGUGAGGGAAAGAAGUAUUGUUUGGUAAUAGUUGACAUGUUUUCCAAAUGGGUUGAGGUAUUCCCCACCAAAGCGGCCGACUCUGCGGCCGUGGCCAAAGCCUUGAUCACAGAAAUCAUCCCAAGGUGGGGAAUCCCAAAGAAAUUGUCCAGUGACAAUGGUUCACAUUUUGUGAACCAAGCCAUCCAACAGUUGUCCAAGUAUGUAGGAAUUGAUCUACGCAACCAUUGUGCGUACCACCCUCAGAGUGGUGGGGCAGUGGAGAGGGAGAAUGGUACUCUAAAGAACAAACUGGCCAAAGCAGCUGCGGAUACAGGUAUGUCAUGGCUAAAGGUCUUGCCACUGGUCCUCCUGGCCAUGAGGGGACGCACCAGAGUAAAGGUAGGUCUGUCCCCUUAUGAAGUCCUAAUGGGACGGCCGAUGCCAAUGGGGACAGGUGCACCACACAACAGCAACUUGAACACAGAAUCUUUUCAUCACGACAUGAUUGAUUAUUGUGUUAACCUCUCUCGGACUUUGCAAUCCAUCCGUAUACAGGUGAAGGAGGCAUUACCGCUGUCCAAGGAAGGGCAACUCCACGAUCUACAACCAGGCGAUUGGAUUGUGGUGAAGGAUUAUCGAAGACGGACCUGGAACUCACCAAGGUGGUUGGGACCAUUCCAAGUCCUUUUGAUCACAUCAUCAGCUGUCAAGGUAGCUGAGAGGGCCACCUGGAUCCACGCCAGCCAUUGCAGACGGGCACCACCACUCACACCAACGGUCAUUUCCGACCCAACCGGUAGCUGA